CCACUAUAGUACGGUACGAAACAGUAGCUUAAUAUUUACUGAAUGAGUACUUUACUGAGUGUUAGUCUCUUACGAAUUAACAGUUAACAGUCUGGACUCGGGAUGGUAUCUCUGUGUAAAUGUGUUACUUGCUACCUGUUACGUUGUCAUCACUAACCCCAUUCUUCCCUCUUCGAUACCAUCUGUCCACGACGCGUGACGCCGAGUAAGUCAUUGUGCAAUGUGAAAGAUCAUACAAACUUGACAAUAGUGUUUCCCCAUAACAUUGUCUCUGAGCACGAUACGGAACGCCCCGUAUAUAUGGUAUACGGACAUGGAAGACGGCAGUUUGCGAUAGGAGUUGGUGAGAUGAGUCCGAAAGAGGUGUUGUGUUUCGGGUUACUUCUGGGUGCGGUGGCUGCGGAGUACAGUGAUGGUAUAAAUUUCAGGGGCUUCAUGCCGAGCUCCAGCUUUCGCACGGAGGACCAGCUGGCAGAGCCUUCGGCCAGGGUAGAGAAGAGCAGAGAAGAGAGGGAGCAGAAUGACCGCACGCAGCGCUUCGGGAUUUCCACCUACGGCACUACGGGGGCGCAGGGCUCGUAUGGCGGUUCCGCGCCGGGUCUAUACGGCCCCUUGAAGAUAGACCUGGGCGGUGUGCUGAUCGGGUCCAUCCUCGGGUUCGGCGCCGUACUGAUCCUGCCGAAGAUCAUGCACGUGCUUUCGUACGGCUAUGGUGGUGGAUACGGACGCAGUGUGGACACAGAGUCGUCCCAAAUAACAGAUAUGCUGAACCGACUGGACGAGACGUUGGCCCGGUACAAUAUCGACUCGGGUGCGUGUACGCAGCGACUAGCGUGCUCUUAUGUUCAGCUGGCCAAUGAGAACAUGCAGGCCGGGAAUGCUACAGAGUUUGACGCGCUAUUAGCUAAUCUGUCCAGCAACUCGCUAGUCCGACGCAUGUUGGAUGGCACAGCAAUAUUCGAAGCAGUGAGCGCGGGCCGCACGCACGGCGACUGUCAGCAACUUUAUCCAAAGUGCAAGAUGGAUAAGAAAACCGUCGUCAAGGUGCUGACGCAGCUGGUGCCCUCGUAGAAUAGAUGAAGAUAAAUAGUAGAAUAAAUAUGUUUUAGUUGUUAUUUUGUAUUUUAUGCCUAUUCUCGUGUACCUACAUACUAGAACUAGCUCCAAUCGCUUAUUUUUUUUAGUAAUUUCAGUCUUUCAUUUCAAUAAGGCAUUAAUAGUUGGUCAAGCAAAUCUUGUCAGUAAAUAAGAAUAAAAAAACCGGCCAAGUGCGAGUCGGACUCACGUUCGAAGGGUUCAAUUUAAACAAUGUAUUUUUUAUGCGAA